UGAUUUCCUCAUCCCAAUCCCCGCCAUGCCGUUGCCGUACGUCGGAUAAACACCGGUGGCUUGCUUGCUUGCGCCGCCUGCUUUUCCUGCCGCUACGUGCCGGCGCCGCGCCAUAAGAGCAACUGCAAGCAAUCAAUUCAAUUCUCCUCCGCAACCACCCACCUCGCUUCCACCUCCCCUCCGCCUCCCUCCCCUUCGAUAACCCCAACGCGCGCGCGCGGGCGGCACUGCACCGAGCGAGCCAGCCAGCCAUGGAGAAGGCGAUCGACCGGCAGCGGGUCCUCCUCGCCCACCUCCUCCCCUCCUCGUCGUCCUCGCAGCCGCAGCUGGAGGCGUCGGCGUGCGCGGCCGGGGACAGCGCCACGUACCAGAGGACCUCCUCCUUCGGAGACGAUGUCGUCGUCGUCGCUGCAUACCGGACGCCGAUAUGCAAGGCCAAGCGAGGAGGUUUCAAGGACACGUACCCAGAGGACCUCCUUACUGUUGUUCUCAAGGCUGUUCUGGACAACACUAAAAUCAAUCCAAGUGACAUUGGUGACAUUGUGGUUGGGACGGUGCUAGGUCCAGGUUCGCAGCGUGCAAAUGAGUGCAGAAUGGCUGCUUUCUACGCUGGAUUCCCUGAAACUGUUCCUGUGAGAACUGUCAACCGACAAUGCUCAUCUGGGUUACAGGCAGUAGCUGAUGUUGCCGCCGCUAUAAAGGCUGGUUUCUAUGACAUAGGGAUUGGUGCUGGUUUGGAAUCCAUGUCGAUAAAUUCCAUUGCUUGGGAAGGACAAGUGAACCCAAAAAUAAGUGCAUUCCAGAAAGCACAGGAUUGUCUUCUGCCCAUGGGAAUUACUUCUGAAAAUGUUGCUCAUCGAUAUGGUGUCACCAGGCAAGAGCAAGAUCAGGCUGCUGCCGAGUCGCAUAGAAGAGCUGCUGCAGCCACGGCUUCUGGAAAAUUCAAGGAUGAGAUUGUCCCUGUGCCAACGAAGAUCGUUGAUCCUAAAACUGGAGAGGAGAAGAAAGUUGUGAUAUCUGUUGACGAUGGAAUUAGGCCAGGGACCACAGCAUCUGGAUUGGCGAAGCUUAAACCAGUUUUCAAAAAGGAUGGGACUACAACUGCAGGCAAUUCUAGUCAAGUGAGUGACGGUGCUGGAGCUGUUCUCCUCAUGAAGAGAUCUGUAGCUCUGAAGAAAGGACUUCCUAUUCUUGGUGUUUUCAGGAGUUUUGCUGCUGUUGGAGUGGAUCCAGCUGUUAUGGGUGUUGGUCCUGCUGUAGCCAUUCCUGCUGCAGUGAAGUCUGCUGGCCUUCAGAUUGAAGACAUUGAUCUCUUUGAAUUGAAUGAGGCAUUUGCCUCUCAAUUUGUCUUUUGCUGCAACAAGCUGGGACUAGACCGAUCCAAAGUAAAUGUGAAUGGAGGCGCGAUUGCCCUUGGACACCCUCUGGGUGCAACAGGUGCGCGGUGUGUGGCUACUCUUCUGAACGAAAUGAAGCGCCGAGGAAGAGACUGCAGAUUUGGUGUUGUAACCAUGUGCAUCGGAUCUGGGAUGGGUGCAGCAGCUGUGUUUGAGCGGGGAGACACAGUAGAUGAACUCUCCAACGUGCGGGACAUCCAGUCACACAAUUUUCUAUCUAGGGAUGCAAAGUAGAAUUGCAGAAACAUUAUUAUCUAUCUCAAGGCGUCGCUCACAGUAUCAUCCUAAAGCAUAAGCCUUCUAUGUUAGGAAUACGGAAAACCAUAUAUUUUUUCACAGAAACUAUACGAGGAAUAAAGGGCAUCAUAUGGUAUCUUGUUGUAGCCACCCUUGAGAAAAAGAAAAGGGUGUUGUAACCAAACAGCUCAAUUUUCUGAGCCUGUUCUCUUGUUGGUUUGUUUCCGGAACUGAAGAGAAAUGAAUUCCACCUUAUCGCUUUAUGUA